UUGUUUAUAAUCGUUCACUCCUUAAAAGCUGAUGAUUUUGAUUGUGACAAGGAUGAACCUUUAAAUUGUCCGGAUUACUGUCAACAGAAAGAUAUCUCAACUUCAUUUAUAAUCAAAUAUUCUACGAUUUCUUAUGUUUUUAUUUGUGUUAUAAUUACAAUUUUGGUUGGUUUGUUAUCUUUGAAAACGAAACAAUUGGAAAAGAAAGAUUUGUUGAAACAGCGGAGAUUUAUUGCGUAUGAGAAUUGGUGGAAUAUGAAAAUAUCGAAGGAAAACAAGGAGAAGAAAGUAAAAGAAGAUGAAGCUCCGCCAAUUUCCGAAGAUUCAAUGUCUUUUGGUACCAAAAACAAACAACUAACUUAUAAUAAAGCGUUUGAUGAGAAGACUAGAAAACAAUACAAGGACAAAAAUAUGGAUUUGAAUGAUCCGGUUUGGCGCAAAAAAUAUCUGACGGUUCUUGAAGAUUUGGAAGAUCAGAAACAAUUGAAGAAAGAGAAGAGUGAUUUGAAGAAGUUCAAAAAACGAGGAAAUAUUUUUAUUCCUAAUGAAACGGAUCUUAUGGUAGGUUUUCUGAAGUUCUUCCAGUUUCGAAUUUAAUUUUCAGGCAGCAAAUUCGAAAGUUCCGAAAAAUGUGGUGCUGAAAGAUGUGUUUUUCAACGAAACUGAAAAUGAGAUUUUUAGCAUCGGAACUGAAAUUGAUGAUGUUCAGGUGAGCUGGGAGGAAUUUAGAAUUUACAAAAAAACUGUUUUCAGCUGGAUUCUGAAGGGGUUUCACAGUCAACAAUAGACAGUGCUACUACUACUGCAUCGAAAGGAAAAACGAAGAAGAAUUUGGCUAAGUCGAAGAAGAAAUGA